CCAAGAAAGGGCAAGGGUCCAAUAUUUUAGUGUACAAAUAACGUUUUGCUUAAAAAAGUUAGAGAGAGAGAAAGGCAGAAAGCCCGCCAUUAAUGCUGAGCUCAACCACCAGUCCAAAUGUAAAUAUAUCAUCUAUAUACAUUGUAGACUACCAUUACAAGCUAAUUUUCUUUGUGACCUUAUCUACUUGAUCAGGUUUACCCUCAAAUCUAGGGUUUUUUUUCGCUUGAAUUUAGAGCCGUGUUGUAAACAAUGUGGAAUUCGGCGGAGAAUUUAUCAGCGAGAUCGUCGUCAUUCCGGGAAGACGGAGACGACGAGGAGGCGUUACGUUGGGCGGCUAUCGAGAGAUUGCCAACUUAUAAUCGAGUUCGGAAGGGUAUAUUUAAGAAUAUCGUCGGAGAUUCUAAGGAAGUUGAGGUUAAUAAGCUUGAAGUGGAGGAGCUGAAGGUGGUGUUAGAUCGGUUGUUGAAUUCCGCCGACGAUGACUGGAAGCGGUUCUUCGAUCGAAUGCGGCGGCGAUUUGAUGCGGUAGAUUUGGAAUUUCCAAAGAUUGAAAUCAGAUUUCAGAACUUAAAUGUAGAAACCUAUGUUCAUGUUGGUAGUAGAGCAUUACCAACAAUUACAAAUUUCAUUGUUAACAUGACCGAGGCAUUCUUAAGGCAAUUGAAGAUAUACAAAGGGAAACGAAGAAAACUUACAAUUUUGGAUGAUGUCAGCGGAAUAAUUAGACCUUCAAGAAUGACCCUUCUUCUUGGUCCUCCAAGCUCUGGAAAGACAACUCUCAUGUUAGCCUUGGCUGGACGUCUUGGACAUCAUUUGAAGAUGUCAGGAAAAAUCACCUACAAUGGGCAUGGUUUAAAGGAGUUUGUUCCUCAAAGAACAUCAGCAUAUGUCAGUCAACAAGAUUGGCAUGUUGCAGAGAUGACAGUUAGGGAAACACUUGACUUAUCUGCACGUUGUCAAGGUGUUGGAUUUAAAUAUGAUAUGCUAAUGGAACUUACAAGAAGAGAAAAGAUUGCUGGAAUAAGACCUGAUGAAGAUCUUGAUAUAUUCAUGAAGGCGUUGGCUUUAGGGGGACAUGAAACAAGUCUUGUUGUGGAGUACAUUUUAAAGAUUCUAGGAUUGGAUACAUGUGCAGACACAUUGGUUGGAGAUGAAAUGUUGAGAGGGAUCUCUGGGGGACAAAAGAAACGACUUACAACAGGCGAACUAUUAGCGGGUCCCUCUAGAGUUCUUAUGAUGGAUGAAAUAUCAAAUGGUCUUGAUAGUUCAACCACAUACCAAAUAAUCAAGUAUCUCAGACAUUCAACUCGUGCACUUGAUGGGACCACAUUGAUUUCUCUUCUUCAACCUGCUCCAGAGACUUAUAAUUUAUUUGACGAUAUUAUCCUCAUAUGUGAGGGCCAUAUAGUGUACCAAGGGCCACGGACUACUGCGCUUGAUUUCUUCUCAUUUAUGGGAUUUCAAUGCCCACAAAGGAAGAAUGUUGCAGACUUCCUUCAAGAAGUUGUUUCUGAGAAAGAUCAAGAACAAUAUUGGUCUGCUCCCGAUCGAUCUUAUAGCUACAUACCUGUUAAAAAGUUUGCAGAAGCAUUUCGUUCAUAUCGAGUGGGAAAAAAUUUAGUUGAAGAACUCUCUGUUCCAUUUGAUAAGAAAUACAAUCAUCCAGCAGCCUUGUCAACUUCUCGUUAUGGUGUCAAAAGAAGCGAACUUCUCAAGACAAGUUUUAAUUGGCAGUUGUUACUCAUGCAAAAAAACUCAUUCAUCUACGUGUUUAAAUUCGUUCAGCUUAUAUUUGUUGCAAUCACCACAAUGAGUGUUUUCUUCCGGACAACUUUGCAUCAUAGAACGGUUGACGAUGGAGGUUUAUAUCUUGGAGAACUUUAUUUUUCUAUGGUGAUUCUUCUCUUCAAUGGGUUCACAGAAGUGUCAAUGUUAGUAGCUAAGCUUCCAGUGAUCUACAAGCAUAGGGAUUUACACUUUUACCCUUGUUGGGUUUAUACACUUCCUUCUUGGAUUUUGAGUGUCCCAACUUCACUCAUAGAGUCUGGUAUCUGGGUGGUGGUUACAUACUAUGUGGUUGGACUUGAUCCGAAUAUUGUCAGGUUUUUAAAGCAGUUUCUGCUUUUUUUCUUCCUUCACCAAAUGUCCAUUAGUCUUUUCCGCUUGAUGGGAUCCUUGGGGCGUAAUAUGAUUGUGGCUAACACAUUUGGAUCUUUUGCAAUGUUGAUUGUCAUGGCUCUUGGUGGAUAUGUGAUUUCAAGAGAUAGUAUACCGAGUUGGUGGAUUUGGGGUUUCUGGAUUUCUCCUUUGAUGUAUGCUCAAGAAGCUGCAUCUGUGAAUGAAUUUCUUGGCCACUCUUGGGCUAAAAGAGAUAACCAAUCAAUGAUGACAUUAGGUGAGAGGUUGCUGAAAGCACGCAGUAUUUUCCCUCAGACUUAUUGGUAUUGGAUUGGCCUUGGUGCUUUGCUUGGAUACACAAUUUUAUUCAAUGUUCUUUUCACUUUCUUCUUAUCUUACCUUAAUCCCUUGGGAAGGAGCCAAGCCAUUGUAUCGAAAGAAGACACCAAGGACAAAGAUGGAAAGAAGAACAGUGAAAGUGUUGUCAUUCAACUCAGAGAGUUUUUGGAGCAUUCAGGCUCUUUCACGGGAAAGAAUAUAAAUCAAAGAGGCAUGGUUCUACCCUUUCAGCCACUUUCCAUGGCAUUCAGCAAUAUCAAUUACUACGUUGAUAUCCCUCUGGAAUUGAAGCAAGAAGGGGUUGUAGAAGAUCGAUUGCAGUUAUUGGUAAAUGUCACCGGAGCAUUUAGGCCAGGUGUCCUUACCGCAUUGGUCGGAGUAAGUGGGGCCGGAAAGACCACACUGAUGGAUGUCCUUGCUGGAAGAAAAACUGGUGGAGUAAUAGAGGGAAGCAUCCAUAUUUCUGGCUACCCAAAGUCACAAGAGACUUUUGCUAGAAUAUCUGGUUACUGUGAACAAAACGAUAUUCAUUCACCUUGUUUGACAGUUGUAGAAUCACUUCUCUUCUCUGCUUGGCUUCGUUUACCUUCAGAUGUUGACAUCAAAACUCAAAAGGUUUUUGUUGAGGAGGUGAUGGAACUUGUUGAACUGACUCCCUUAAAAGGCGCCUUAGUUGGUCUCCCUGGUGUUGAUGGGUUAUCAACAGAGCAAAGAAAACGUUUGACUAUAGCUGUUGAGUUAGUAGCCAAUCCUUCAAUAGUAUUCAUGGAUGAACCCACAUCAGGACUCGAUGCCAGGUCAGCAGCUAUAGUCAUGAGGACAGUCAGGAACAUUGUCAACACCGGGCGCACAAUCGUCUGCACCAUACACCAACCCAGCAUCGACAUUUUUGAAGCAUUCGACGAGCUCUUGUUUAUGAAGCGUGGAGGGCAACUUAUUUAUGCGGGUCCACUUGGGCCUAGAUCAUGCAAACUUGUCGAGUAUUUUGAGGCAAUUGAAGGUGUUAGGAAGAUUAAAGCUGGACAUAAUCCUGCAACAUGGAUGUUGGAAGUUACUUCACUAGCAGAAGAAGCUCGUUUGGGUAUAGACUUUGCUGAGGUCUAUAGGCAGUCCAAAUUAUUUAUACGCAACAGAGAUUUGGUGGAAAGGCUAAAGAAACCAAGAAACGAUUCAAAAGAAUUGCAUUUCCCAAGCAAAUACUCGCGAUCAUACACAGAUCAAUUUGCAACCUGUUUUUGGAAACAAUACCUUUCUUAUUGGCGAAACCCACAAUACACUGCUGUUCGCUUUUUCUACACCUCUAUCAUCUCACUAAUGCUCGGAACAAUCUGUUGGAAAUUUGGGUCAAAAAGGGAGACCCAACAAGAUCUUUUUAACGCAAUGGGAUCCAUGUAUUUAGCUGUACUUUUCAUCGGAAUCACCAACGCCACCGCUGUCCAACCCGUUGUUUCUGUUGAAAGAUUCGUUUCAUAUAGAGAGAGGGCUGCCGGAAUGUAUUCGCCACUACCCUUCGCUUUUGCUCAGGGUGCGAUUGAAUUUCCAUACGUGUUGGCACAAGCGGUAAUUUACAGUACCAUAUUCUACUCGCUGGCUGCAUUUGAAUGGUCCACGUGGAAAUUCAUAUGUGGAUUCAUGAUCCCCCAUAAGAGAAUUCCGAUAUGGUGGAGAUGGUAUUACUGGGCGAACCCAAUCGCGUGGACUCUUUAUGGGUUAGUUGUAUCCCAAUAUGGUGAUUUAGAUAAUCCUGUGAAGUUAUCAGAUGGAGUGCAAUCUAUGCCUAUAAAACAGUUACUCAAUGUUGUGUUUGGUUACAAACAUGAGUUCCUUGGGGUUGCGGUUUUUAUGGUGUUUGGCUUCUGCUUCUUGUUUGCUGUUGUCUUUGCUUUCGCUAUCAAGUCUUUCGUCUUCCAAAAGCGAUAAAAAAAGAGGUUGAAAUCUGUUUAAUAUGCAAUAUGGUUUCGUGUUGAGGUAAAGGUAUGUAUCUAAAACACAGUAGAAAACACUUUGGAUUUGUGAAAUUAGUUAUAUAUGUAGAAUGUUGUAGAUGGUAUGUUAUGAUUUAUUCUUUUUCGGGGGUGGAAUAAUAGUGACUAGUGUUGCAUCUGCAUAAAAGUUUGUCGAGUUGUAAACCGAACUUGCAAAUUUAUAAGUUUAUAU